UCAACCCGAACUCACCGGUUUAGUCGCUUCUCACUGACCUGGAGACGGAGUAGUCACUAUAGCAACCGAACAGUUUGAGUUCUCGCCGCUUCACCGCCUUCUCGCUCUCUGCCGACCGUCAUCUGCCAUCACUGCUUCCUCGCGUGGCCGUCUUUCUUGCUCAUCACCGUCGAAUCUCGCCGGAAAGUUCAGCAGCUGGGACACUUCCUCCAUCGUCGUCAGCAGGUUUUCAUUGCUCACGACCAAUUGAGGUGUCCACCGCCUUGCAACGUCGCUGAUCUAUCUCCGAGGUCUCCGUCUUUCCCACGGCAUCCACCGUCGCCGCUGUGUCCUGCCACCUCCUCCGUUGUCGCAGUGCCGUCUGAGUCCCACCGUUCAAUUUCUGGCCCGUUCAAUCUCGCCGCAGGUAUACGGUGCGAUUGGCUUUGUCGUGGGUGUGAUUGGCUUUGUCGUGGGUUAGAUUGGGUGGCGAUAGGCAAAAAAAAACAAAGAAAGAUUGGGUGCUGAUGAUGGUGGUAGAAGUGAUGGUGGUGGUGAUAUAUAUAUGCAUAUAUAUAUGAUUCUAUGGGUGGAAGGUGGUGGUGUGGUUGAAACUGGAAAUUGGUUUGAGCGAGAGAGAAGAGGCUGACAAGUCCAAAAAGGAAAACGGGUUAAACGGAGCAUUGCUUACGUCAGCUUUAAUAUCUAUUGUUGGACACUUGUGACCCUUGAUUUAACGUAUGUAUAGAAGGUAAGGAUGGGCGAUGGCAACAGAGGCACUUCAGGCAACAACAAUAGGCCUGAAUGGCUACAACACUACGAUUUGAUCGGCAAGAUCGGCGAGGGCACGUAUGGUCUGGUCUUUCUUGCCAAGAUCAAGUCCAAUCGGAGCAAGUCCAUCGCCAUCAAGAAGUUCAAGCAGUCCAAAGACGGCGACGGCGUUUCCCCUACCGCCAUCCGCGAAAUCAUGUUACUUCGGGAGAUAUCCCACGAGAAUGUGGUAAAGCUUGUGAAUGUACACAUUAAUCAUGCAGACAUGUCACUAUAUCUGGCUUUUGACUAUGCGGAGCAUGACCUCUAUGAAAUCAUUAGGCAUCACAGAGAUAAGGUUAACCAGGCUAUCACCCCGUAUACUGUCAAAUCAUUGCUAUGGCAGCUGCUUAAUGGGCUGAACUACCUCCACAGUAACUGGAUUAUACAUCGAGAUCUAAAGCCAUCAAAUAUCUUGGUUAUGGGUGAGGGAGAAGAACAAGGAGUUGUUAAAAUUGCUGAUUUUGGUCUUGCUAGAAUAUAUCAAGCUCCAUUGAAGCCGUUAUCUGAAAAUGGGGUUGUGGUAACCAUUUGGUAUCGUGCCCCGGAGUUGCUCCUCGGGGCGAAGCAUUAUACUAGUGCUGUUGAUAUGUGGGCUGUUGGAUGCAUAUUUGCCGAGCUUCUAACUUUGAAGCCUCUAUUUCAAGGGCAAGAAGUUAAAGCCACACCUAACCCUUUUCAGCUUGAUCAACUAGACAAAAUAUUUAAGGUUUUAGGUCAUCCUACCCAAGAGAAGUGGCCAACACUUGUGAAUCUUCCACAUUGGCAAUCAGAUCUUCAACACAUUCAAGGACAUAAAUAUGACAAUCCUGGACUUUAUAGUGUUGUUUAUCUAUCUCCAAAAACUCCUGCAUAUGACCUUCUCUCAAAGAUGCUCGAAUAUGAUCCUCGAAAGCGAAUAACAGCGGCUCAAGCUCUUGAACAUGAGUAUUUUCGGAUGGAACCUCUACCAGGACGCAAUGCCUUGGUACCUUCCCAACCUGGAGAGAAAGUUGUGAAUUAUCCUACUCGACCAGUGGACACGAACACAGAUUUUGAGGGAACGACUAGCCUUCAACCUUCUCAACCGGUAUCAUCUGGAAAUGCAGUUUCUGGGAGCAUGGCAGGUCCACAUGUAGUGCCAAAUAGAUCUGUUCCUCGACCAAUGCCAAUGGUUGGUAUGCAAAGGAUGCAACCUGGCAUGACAGCUUAUAAUCUCACUUCUCAGGGUGGGAUUGGUGGUGGAAUGAAUCCUAGUAGCAUUCCAAUGCAGCGGGGUGUUGCAGCACAGGCUCAUCAACAGCAGCAGUUGAGAAGGAAAGACCAAGGGAUGCCUGGAUACCCUCCGCAACAAAAAUCCAGACGCUUUUGAGGCUAAUGCAGGGAGAUGGUGGAUGUGGAAAUUCGUGCAUAAGUGGGGCUCAAUCCCCGAACACUGAAAUACAUUCAGUACUCGCCGAUUAGCAGAGUACAGGAGGAGGUUGUUUCCAUGAUUGCAGACGUUGGUUGCACGUCAGGAAGCCAAUUCAUGUUGUAUGAUGCAUUUGAAUCUGAUUUCUUCUCUAUCAGAGCCUGGUGUAACUUUAUGUUAAUGUCAAGUUUUAUACCCACCAUGGUGGAUUAGUUAUCUCUUUAUCAGUGUAACAGAUCGGAGUGUAGAAUUGCGAUAUUGGUGUAUAGCUAUGUAAAAUUAGUCUUUAGGUAUUUAUCGAGUUAGUUGUAUUAUCUAGGUAACCCAUCUUCUUAAUUUUUUGUUUCUUUUUAUUUAAACAGUCGAGAAUUGAAGUGUAAUGUUUCUUUGACUAGAAAUUUUGCAAAACCUUCAAGAAAGAUAUUUUCUGGUGCGGAAAA